CCAAGAAAAAUAUGGGAGUAUAUUUCUAUGAUUAAAAAUUUGAAAAUUGUACGUCGAAUAUUGAUUUGUCGCUAACCUAUCCGGGUAGAAGCACGGCUCCAACUCGUUUCUUUUGCAAGGCUUCAAAAUUUGGGCUACCUGCUGGAGAUAAGUCUCCAAAAUAAAACAUGGAUGGUGGAGCUGAUAGGUUCGGAACUUUAAGAUGUCACACGGUAUUAAACGAUUAAGCGCACUUUAAUAUUAUAUAUCUAUGAUACUUAAAAAAAAACUCAACUUUACAUUGGGUAUUGCAUUCACAGACCACAAUAAGGAAAAAGAAUUGCAGAAAUAAUAUGGUACGACAUAUAGUACUUAUACUGUGAGGGCAAUAUCAUCGAGCUCUAAAAUCUGGUGAUCUUGCUGAAUAGUUGUUGCUGAGACAUUUAGUACAGGCAGGUAGCUCAUGAAUUGUUUGAAGUAUCAAGUUUGUCUUAACCAGUUAGUUUGGGAAAUGCAUCAAGAGCAGCGCGUGGCGAAUCAGACGCUUACCAUUUCUUCACAACCCGUAGUAACGGUGGAAGGUUCGGUGUUUAAAAUGUCUCCACCGACAAACGACGUGUUAAAUGGAGUAGUGGUUGCGGUUCCAGGUGAUGCUACUCCUGCACGACUACCGGUGGCCGCCACCGACAUCACUUCAUCUGCUCACAGUCUUAUUACUAUCAUACCACCUACUCAGAAGCGUACGCCUAAGGAUUUCAUCUUUGGCAAAGUUAUUGGCGAAGGCAGUUUCUCUAUGGUCUAUCUAGCAAAAGAUAUCCAUACAAAUAAGGAAUAUGCGAUUAAGGUAUGCGAAAAGCGGCACAUCAUUAAGGAAAAAAAAAGCGAAUAUGUGAAGCGUGAAAAAGAAGUACUCAAUAUGCUUGGAAGUGCUAAGCACUCGUUCGUUCGUCUGUUCUGUACGUUUCAGGAUAUUGAGCGACUGUACUUUGUCCUUUCAUAUGCAAAAAAUGGUGAACUAUUACCUUACAUUAACAAGGUAGGGAGCUUCGACAUCGAAUGUACAAAAUUUUACUCGGCCGAGAUAUUACAUGGUCUCGAAUAUCUCCAUGGUCUCGGCAUCAUUCAUCGUGAUCUCAAGCCCGAAAACAUUCUUCUCGACGAAAAAAUGCAUGUCCUUAUUACAGAUUUUGGUAGUUCCAAGAUUCUUAAAGAGGUCCCAGAGAAAGGAGAAAUAAACGUUUUGGGCGAACAACAACAAUGCGAGAGGCGUAACUCCUUUGUCGGAACAGCGCAAUACGUAUCACCUGAACUACUUACCGACAAGACUACAAGUCGUGCCUCCGAUCUUUGGGCCCUUGGCUGCAUUAUUUAUCAAAUGGUCGCGGGAUUACCACCUUUUCGUUCCCGUAGCGAAUACCUCGUUUUUCAGAAGAUUUUAAAUCUUGAAUACGAGUUACCUGAUGGCUUUUGCGAGCUUGCACGUGAUCUUGUCGGCAAGCUUCUUGUACUUGAACCGAGUAAACGAUUAGGUGCAAGCGACGAGCAUGGCUCCGGUUAUCCAAGUAUUCGACUGCACUCUUUCUUUAUUAAUGUGGACUUCGAGACUUUGCAUGAACAAAUUCCUCCACCGAUCUAUCCAUAUUUACCUGGUACAUCAGAACAUGAAGAAUUACGAUCUCACUAUCGGAUGCCCGAUAACCUUAAGCCUGGCCUUGACGAUAAACAGUUAACACGACUUUUAGGAUUGGGCAUUGCAGAACUCAGUGAUGAUGAAGAGGAGAUUUCCUUUAUUGGUAUUGAACGCCAACAACAACUUCAAAAACAACACCAGCAGCAACUUAAAGCUAAAAGAAAUGAAAAAUCACGUUUAUUGAAGUUUGAAAAUUUAAAAAAAAAGUCCAGUAUCUCAGAUCUCAGCAAUGAAGAGUUAGUACUUAGACUCAGUCAACAGAAAAUCAAUAAUCAGUGGGAUAGCUUUGUUGGUGGUAAUUUGAUUAUUAAACAAGGUUUUGUUAACAAACGUAAGGGCCUUUUCACUAGGAGGAGAAUGUUACUACUUACUGUGGGACCGCAUCUUUACUAUGUUGAUCCCUUCAAUAUGGUACUUAAGGGUGAGAUACCAUGGAGCAAAGAGCUCAGGGUUGAACCAAAGAAUUUCAAGAUAUUUUUUGUCCAUACACCAAAUCGAACUUACUACUUAGAAGAUCCAGAAGGUUUUGCCCUUGAAUGGUGUCAAGCUAUUGAAGAAAUGAGAGUUCAUUACUACGAUGUAAAGAACACAUAAAAAUGUCGUUUGAAGCCGUAUCGACUGUAAAGAGAAAUAAGACCAAGAAAAGAAAAUCAUCAUAUAUAUAGAAACAGA